AUGAAUAUUGAAGGUAUAGAUGCUGGCACAAAGAAACCUACUAAGUCUGAGACACCGAUAGUUGAGCAUACAAAGAAACCUACUGAGGAAGAGGUACAUAUUGAAGCAGAGGAACCAGCAAUCACUGAGACACCUAAACAAUCAAACAAACCUUUACUGGUUGAAAUGAAAACUCAGCCUGAUCCAUUAGAGGUUAACACAAGAAAAAUGGUUACAAAUGUUGGAAGCACAGAGGUAAUUAAGGUAAUAGGGGGAACCGGUGGUGCGGCAGCGGCGGCCACCGCGGGUGGCGCGAGUGCCACUGCAGCUGCUGGCGGCGCUGCGGGAGGCAUUGUGGGCACCACUGGCACUGCGGGAGGCACCGUGAGUGCCACCGUAGCCGCUGGCGACACUACGGGAGGCGCCGUGGGUGCCACUGCAGCCGUCGCCGGCGCUGCGGGAGGCACCACUGGCGUUGUGGGUAGAGUCGCCAGCGCCACAAGGGCUGAAGGUUUUGAUAUUUCAAGUUAG